UGUGCAACUAAAACAAACGUCAAAAUGGCAGCUAAGUUCGUCGUUGUCGCUAUGUUGGUGGCGUGCGCGCACGCUGGCGGAGACUACACCAGCUUCUCGUACGGCGUGUCCGACCCCCACACCGGCGACGUCAAGAGCCAGCACGAGACCCGCGUCGGGGACUCCGUAGUGGGCCAGUACUCGCUCCUCGACUCCGACGGCACGAAGCGCACCGUCGACUACGCCGCUGAUGCUCACUCCGGCUUUAACGCCGUCGUGCGCAAGGACCCCGCCCUCGUGCACGCCCCCGUCCUCGCCCACGCCGCUCCCGUGGUCGCUCACGCCGCUCCCGUGGUCGCUCACGCCGCUCCCCUGGCCCACGCUGCUCCCCUCGCCUACGCCGCGCACGCCGCUCCUCUGAGCUACGCCGCGCACGCUGCUCCUUUGAGCUACGCCGCGCACGCCGCUCCCCUCGCCUACGGUGCUGGUCUUGGUCAUGGUGCCGUCGCCUACGGAUCCCACGGUCUCGGCCUCGGCGCUCACGGUCUCGGCCUCGGUGCUCACGGUCUCGGCUAUGCCGCCCACGGUUACGGAGCCCACGGUUACGGAGCCCACGGACUCGCCUGGUAAAUAAGUAAAUAGUAAAAUAAUUUAUUUGACCCAACAAAUACUCAAUGACAUAUAAAGCUGUGAUGAACAAUGUGUAAAUAAAUAAAACUUUUGUUAAAAUAUACG